AUGGCAAUGACCACUCCCGUUCAGAUGGACAAGAGCACAGGCACGAUGUCGUUCAUCAUGCCCAGCAAGUACUGGGGCGACGGCCUCGCGGAGGCCCCACCGCCGGCCGAGGAUGCCGGCGUUGCGCUACAGGCUCGGGACGGCGAGCAGGUGGCUGUCAGCACCUUUGGUGGCUACGCCGUGGGGUCCGUGGUGGCCAGAAAGACUGACGAACUCUUAGCCUCGGUCGCGCAGAGCGAGGAUUGGGAGCUGGUGGAGAACACAACGCGGCUGCUGCAGUACAACGAUCCUUUUACGGUACCCUGGAAGCGUCGGAACGAGGUGAGUGUGCCCGUCCGGCGGCGUGAAGUCCAGGUGACUUGA